GCCGGCGCUUCCGUGUUCGCUCGCGAACUCCCGGCGCGAGUCUGCGGGGGAGGGGACGGAGGCCCAGGCAACGCACCGGGGCUCCCCCACGGCGCUCCCCGCCCGGCCUGCGGGUCUGCGGGCCCAGGCCGCCGCCUCCCAGGGGACCGGAUGGCCUCGGAAGGCCCGGCGGGGGAGCUGGAAGCGGUGCUGGCGGGUCAGGGGCUGCGUGUGCAGAGCUGGGACUCGGAGCCGGCCGGGGAGCUGCCGGCACCCGUGCGGCUGCGGAGGAACGUCUGCUACGUGGUGCUGGCCGUGUUCCUCAACGAGCAGGAUGAGGUGCUGAUGGUCCAGGAGGCCAAGAAAGAAUGCUAUGGGUCAUGGUACCUGCCUGCGGGGAGAAUGGAGCCUGGGGAGACCAUCGUGGAGGCCCUGCAGCGGGAGGUGAAGGAGGAGGCCGGGCUGCACUGCGAGCCCCUGACAUUGCUGUCUGUGGAGGAGCGGGGCCCCUCCUGGAUCCGCUUCGCGUUCCUUGCUCAGCCCACAGGUGGAGUGCUCAAGACUUCCAAGGAGGCAGAUGCCGAGUCCCUGCAGGCUGGCUGGUACCCACGAACCUCCCUGGCCACUCCUCUGCGAGCCCAUGACAUUCUGCACCUGGUUGAACUGGCUGCCCAGUACCGCCAUCAGGCCAGGCACCCUCGCAUUCUGCCCCACGAGCUUCCCUGCAGUGUGGUUUGUCAGCGGCUCGUGGCCACCUUUACCAGUGUGGCCACCCAGACAGUGUGGGUGUUGGUAGGCACAGUGGGGGAGCCUCACUUGCCCAUCACUGCCUGUGGCUUCACCCCUAUGGAGCGGAGGGGUGGCAUCAACAUAGCCAUCUUGCGGCUGCUACAGGAGUGUCUGACUCUGCACCACUUGGCAGUGGAGACCAAGGGGUUGCUGGGGCUACAGCACCUGGGCAAAGGCCAUAUGGAUGGCGUCUGCCUGAAUGUGCUGGUGACGGUGGCUUUUCGGAACCCAGGUGUCCAAAAUGAGCCCCCAGAGGUUCGGGGUGAGAACUUUGUUUGGUGGAAGGUGAUGGAGGAAGACCUACAAAGCCAGCUCUUUCAGAGGCUUCAGGAAUCAUCUGUUGUCCCAGUCAACAGAUAGAAAGGUGCCCUAAGUAGACACGGAUUUGCUGUCCGUGCUCCCUCCACAUGGCUUCCCCUCCCUCUUAGGGAGGCAGGAGGUUGGCAAUCAGGGAUCCUGUUGUAUUGGGGACAGGAUAGUUCUCCUGCUUCUCAGGGGGACUUCCAUCUCUCCUCACCAUGAGCAGGUCCCUACAUUGCACCCGAAGGGACAGUGCCUGUAACCAAGCAAGGAGUCCAGAGCUCAAGGGGAUAUGGGAACAAUCUGAACCCGAGACAGCAUCUUCUCUUCUACACCAGGUUCUCAGGCACUUGGAAUAUGAAGGGGUUUCUGGGGGAGGUCACUCCAAGGACUGUGUCCCUUGCUGAGUAAAUAGGUGUUGCUUACUUUGCCUUCCUGCCUAAAUGUCUCUGGGGGGAGGAAGUGAGCAGGAAGGGGGGACUGCCCUCAGAAGAGAAGCUCCUCCCCUUGUCCCUCCGAGGCCUUGCCAGACCGCAGGCUGACACAGCAGGGGCCAGCCUGGGUGCUGGGAGCCAGGAGCAGGCAGGCUUCCUGCUGCCCACCUCGGCCUGUCUUGGGCACACUGAGAACCUCUUCGUCCUGUCUGCCAGGUAGGAUGUGACCACAUCCCCUCCAAGUUUUGAGCAGGGAGAAUGCCAGGGAAGCUUCGGGUAGGUGAGGAGUCAGGCGCUGCCCAGGCCUGGAUUUCCUUCUCCUUGAGCUGAUCCCUCCCCAUUCUGCUGCUGGGCCCCUGGCUCUUGCCUCUGCCUUUUUAUAACUCUAGCCCAAACCAAACCCAAAUCUUCUCAUUUCCCCUUAGCCCAGCUGAAUCAUAGUAGGAAUGAACUUUACUAAAAUUUAAAGGAAAACCAAAAGGAAUGAACAAAGAAAA